AUGGAAGACAAACUCAACAAAAUUACGUACCUGAUAGAUAUUGCUGUACCGGCUGCCCAUAUCGUCCUGGGAACACAGGUUGAGAAAGUCGGAAAAUACGUGCCAAUCGGCGUCGAAGUGAAAACAAUCUGGAACCAAGAGAAAGUGGUUAUUCUGGGGGCAACUGAUGACGAAGACUACACUGGAGCCUUCAAACGUUGCAACUACCACCGAAACUGUACCCUAAGCUUCAGAAGGCAUCCAUACUGGGAACAUGCCACAUUACUCGGAGGCGGUUCAGUUCUCUGCUCACGGUUCCGGAAAACGAGCCGGAAAAGCGGUUCGCGCACGGAAAAACUUCCGGAAAAUAUUGGACCGCGACCGCACGAUAAUGCAGUGGAAAUUCGGGAGAAAAAUGCAUUUCGGAUAGAAAGGUCAUGGCGGCACGGAGACGAACAUUACCGAGCAACAUCCUACCUGCCUGCGCCUCUAUUAAAGCAACAUUAUGAGGACCGCGAAGCACCGUACCUCCUAUUCUCCCCGGUAGAUAGCAGUGCGAUGAAUACUACCGAAUGCGAGUGGGAAUUCGAGUUCCGCAACUAUACAGUUUCGGACGUGAACUGUACGUCAUCGGCACCAAAUCGGACUUCGUUCUUCGAGGUGACCGCGAAUCCGAACGUUCCGGUCAUAUUGGUGUACUCGGCGUUGUUCGUAACGGCCGCCAUUGGAAAUUUGACAGUCUUUAUAUCGUUGUUCAGGUCGCGUCACAGGAAGUCGAGGGUGUCCCUUAUGAUCCGGAACCUUGCCGUCGCCGAUCUCAUAGUCACCUUCGUUAUGAUCCCCAUCGAGGUUGGCUGGCGCUUGACUGGAAGAUGGGUGGCGGGAAAUGUCGCCUGCAAGAUUGUCCAAUUUCUUCGCGCCUUGGGCCCUUAUUUAAGCAGCAACGUCCUGAUCUGCGUGUCACUAGACCGCUACUUCGCUGUCAUGUACCCUUUCCGGGUAAACGUGGCUAGGAGGAGGGGAAAGGUAAUGCUUGCGGUGGCCUGGUGUACCUCUCUCAUCUACUGCAUACCCCAGUGCUUUGUGUUCCGGGUGAAGUCGCACCCGCACAAUCCUGACUACAAGCAGUGCGUGACCUUCGGCUACUUCUCGUCGACCACCAUGGAGCUGGUUUACAACCUUUCCUGCGUCCUGUUUUUGUACUUCAUUCCGCUAAUUGUGAUCGUCGUCGCCUACACCUGCAUCAUGUUGGAGAUAUCGAGAAACUCCAAGUUAGCACACGAAUCGAAAAAAGCACCGAACGGUCGUCUCCGCCUGCGGAGGUCCGACACGAGCAACAUCCAAAGGGCAAGGAUCCGCACCCUCAGGAUGACCAUAACCAUCGUCGCCAUUUACAUCUUCUGCUGCACGCCAUACGUGAUUAUGACCCUGUGGUACAUGUUCGACAGGAAAACGGCACAAAACCUGCCGGACUGGUUGCAGGACUUUUUCUUUAUGAUGGUGGUGUCCAACAGCUGCAUGAACCCGAUGGUUUACGGCAGCUACGUCAUCGACUUUAAGCGCCUCAGCGAUUGCAACUGCUGUCGGUCCAGGAAACUGGAACAGACCGCUAUACACGAUGCAGAACCUGGACAUAGAAAAGAGCACCGUCAUUUCGCUAGAACGGUUAUUAAAGCCUUCUUUGGACGAAAAGUAAACUCGACGACAAAGAGCACUGGAACGCAACAGGGCCAGAAUAUUCGGCGUAUCGGUGCCAAUAAUCCGGCAGUCAGCGCUGAGAUCGGUUCGUCGGAAACCGGAUCAAUGAACCAGCUGCAGACUUUUCCGUUUAAGUCCAAAGAUCGGAUCCGCAACGCGAACGAGAUAUUAUCAUUCCACAGCGAACCUUGCGAGUCUGCGCCAUGCCACUCGAGCGACGGCACCCUGAGGAGAAACUCUUGCUCAACUCCGCUCAAGAGCAAAGCGUUGCUCAAGAAAACAUUGAACGUAUACGCUAACGGUGUAACCCGGUGUAGCAUCAAGGACAGUUUGGUUUAACGAAUGUUAAUUUUAACCAGAAGACUCCUCAGUGUUGCAUGUACAAGUGUAACAAAUGAUCGAAAAUGCCUGUAUCUGUGUCUGCGGCAUUUCAUAUCGAUAUUUUUGUAAAUAUUUUAUGAUUGUAAAUAAAGGUA